CUUAUCUAGUUGCAGCGAAUGAAUGCGGCGUUUGUCCGCUAAAGCUGCUAAUAUCUCCGAAAUUGCACGCUGUGAGCAGCAUUGAUAUCUUAUCUGUGAAAAUCGGCGAGGAGACAUAAGGUGAAUCCAAGCAGGUGGUGUGAUGUACAGCAGCCGGGCCCUGCGUGUGGUGCGCUGGGGCCGCCACACCUGUCACUGCUUGGACGCUGCUGCCCAGCUGCACACCAAGCAGUUUGCACCCAAGAAAGCCCUGAUCCUCACUAAGUUUUCAAGAUAUGAAUUUGAGAAAAAGAGGCAUGGAAACAUUCCGGAGGCGGAGCUGGAGAAGAGACUGAAGGAGCGUGGAUCAGACUACAACAUGCUGCUUUACCACCACUACCUGCAUAAAGGCUGUGAGAACACUGUUGUGCAAGCUCUCCGCAACCAGAACAUUGACACAAAGGUUGUUACAAGGUUCGAUUAUAAAUCCGAUGUGAUCGAGGAGUCUGACAUCGUUUUCACAAUGGGCGGCGAUGGCACGUUCUUGCUCGGGGCGACGCGCAUCCUGCAUCCAAACAAGCCUAUAGUGGGCAUCAACAGCGACCCCACACGCAGCGAGGGCCACCUGCUGCUGCCCAAACGAUACUCGGUCAACAUCAAGGAGGCUGUUCAGAGGCUGCUCGCAGGCAAGUUCCGCUGGCUGUUCCGCAAGCGGAUCCGAAUGACGCUGAUCGGCCAGGACGUGUACAAGCCUCCGGUCGAGCUCCACAACCAGCAGCUGCUCAACCCCGAGUACAGGUACCUGGACAUGGACUGGUCGAACGCCUCCCUGCCCACCAGCUACAUGGAGUCCAGCACCAUGGUGGAGCCGCGCGGCAUCACCUACGCCAAGCAGGCGCGCGUGCUGCCCGUGCUGGCGCUCAACGAGGUGUUCAUCGCCGAGUGUCUCUCGGCUCGCGUCUCCUACUACGAGAUGUCGAUCGACGGCGGACCGCAGUUCAAGCAGAAGAGCUCCGGGCUGUGCGUCUCCACCGGCACUGGCUCCACCUCGUGGACCUACAACAUCAACAAGCUGACGCCGCAGGUGGUCAGCCAGCUGAUGAAUGCCCUGAAGCACGAGACCGGCCUGGAGCUGGACUCCAAGGACGAGGCGCUGGUCGGUCGCGUCACAGACCGCGUGAACCAGGUGCUCAUCUUCGGGCCCGAGGAGAACCGCAUGUGCUACACGAUCCGUGACCCGGUCAUGUCGGCGCCGCGUUCGGCGGCCGAGAAGCGGCCCCGCGGCCUGGCGCGCCGGCUGGAGGUCCGCUCGCGCUGCUUCGACGCCAACCUCGUGGUCGACGGCGGCCUCUCGUUCCCCUUCAACGACGGCACCGUGGCCAUCUUGGACAUCCACGACGAUGACGCGCUGCGCACGGUCGUCCUGGACGACUGACGCGGCGCUCCGCGUGACCGGGUGCGCGGCGCGGCGGCACCGCCCCGGGACGGGGCGGCUUGGCGGAGACCGCUCCGCUGGGUCGGGCGGCCAGCGGCAGGCGGCCGCCGACGGUCAGCAACCGCUGGCUCUUGUUACACGGUGAAUUUGGCCUGUGUGGCCGUUCAGGACGCCUGUUUUGUUUGGAGGACUGUUUGCAGCGGAGGAGCACGUUAGCGCGUUGCUGCCCUCGGUGAAAUAUGCACGCGGCUGGUGCGUCGUCGGUGUGCAGCCGUCAUUGGCGAUUGAUUGGAGGCGCACAGGGGCGUGUCCCGCUAUUGACCGGGUCCGCAGUGACACGGCGGACGGGCCGGACGAGCUGCCCCACCGUCCAGCAGCGCGGAGAGGCCGCGGGGCCGACCCAGUGAUCCAAUGCCUGCCGGGCAACCCGCUUAAAACAGCAGGACCUCGAGCAUCACAAUUCAUUCAUGUUAGGCACGGGCAGGGAGGUGACAAGCGCUUCCAAUGCUUGUGUAUUGUUUAUCAGGAUGCCGUGUUACGAGCGUCUGUCUGUGACUUCUCUGGGAUUUCUACCCCCGAAUAUGUUUGCCACAUCAGGGUAUGAACGUGGGCAUGUUUAAUAACAAAUAUAUGCAGAACUUUU